UCCAAUUCCUGUUGUCUCAUUCUGUCAUUGGCCGAAUUCCUUCAUAAAAAUCCAAUCUUUUCCUCUAUAAAAACCCACUCUCUCUCUCCCACUCUCUAUCGCACUGACACUCUCUUAAUUAGUGUGACCAGUGACCACCACUUCCAUCUAAACCGUUAUUACAUCGAUACACCCGCUUCCCCCUGCUUCCUGCUUCUGCUUCUGCUUCUGCUUCAUCUCUCUCUCUCUCUGUCUCUCUCUCUGAUCUAUGCUUCCUUCUCAAUAUUUGGUCGGUGGGAUUUCGCUUUUCUAGCUUUGUUGAUUGAAUUGGUGAAGAUGCUGGAGAAAAUGGAGGACAGAUUUGAUCCAGAGGCAGUGAUUGAGGAAUUCGAGUCGUUGUCGAGAGACGCAGGGAGGGUUCAGAGGGAAACUCUGCGGAAAAUCUUGGAUGAAAAUGGUGGAACAGAGUAUUUGCAGAGAUGGGGUCUCAAUGGGAGAACUGAUUCUCAUAGCUUCAAGGAUUGUGUUCCCAUUGUCUCCCACAGUGACUUGGAGCCUUACAUUCAGCGAAUCGCGGAUGGAAACAGCCCCUGCUGCCUCACCGGAAAGCCAAUCACCACCAUCUCCUUGAGUUCUGGUACCACUCAAGGGAAGCCUAAGCUUGUGCCUUUCAACGACGAAUUGAUGGAGAGCACGAUGCAGAUAUGCAAGACGUCGUUUGCAUAUAGGAAUAGGGAGUAUCCGAUUGGGAACGGGAAGGCGUUGCAGUUCAUCUAUGGCAGCAAGCAAUUCAAGACGAAAGGCGGGCUAGCUGCUGGAACUGCCACGACCAACGUGUACCGAAAUGCACAGUUCAAGAAAAUGAUGAGGACGAUGCAGACGCCAUGCUGCAGCCCGGAUGAAGUCAUAUUCGGACCAGAUUUCCACCAGUCGUUGUACUGUCAUCUUCUAUGUGGACUGAUUUUCAGAGACGAGGUCCAGGUGGUCUCGUCCUCGUUCGCGCACAGCAUAGUCCACGCUUUCCGGACCUUUGAACAAGUCUGGGAAGAACUCGUCACUGAUAUCCACGAAGGGACCUUGAGCAGCCGGAUUACUGUCCCACCAAUCCGAGCAGCCAUGGCAAAGCUGCUCGAGCCAGAUCCUGAUCUAGCGGAUACCAUUUACAGCAAGAUCUCGGGGCUAAGCAAUUGGUACGGCCUAAUCCAAGAGCUAUUUCCUAGCACCAAGUACAUAUACGGGAUCAUGACCGGAUCCAUGGAGCCGUAUCUGAAAAAAUUGAGGCAUUAUGCUGGUGAGCUACCUUUGUUGAGCGCAGAUUACGGAUCCUCCGAGGGAUGGAUCGGUGCAAACGUCAACCCCAAGCUCACUCCAGAGGUGGCCACAUUUUCCGUGCCUCCUAAUAUUGGCUACUUCGAGUUUAUCCCUUUGAGAGAGGAUCUAAACAGCCAAGGGCAAGAGGCGAAGCCCGUAGGGCUCACCGAUGUCAAGAUAGACGAGGAGUAUGAGAUCUUAGUCACCAAUUUUGCAGGGCUGUACCGUUAUAGGCUAGGUGACGUGGUGAAGGUUAAAGGCUUCCACAACUCGACUCCGGAGCUCCAGUUCAUCUGCAGGAGGAAUCUCCUGCUCACGAUCAACAUCGACAAGAAUACAGAGAAGGAUCUGCAGCUCGCGGUGGAAGCAGCGGCCCAGCUGCUGGUGGGGGAGAAGCUUGAGGUCGUGGAUUUCACCAGCCGAGUGGAUCUGACGAUGGAGCCCGGCCACUACGUGGUCUUUUGGGAGAUCAGCGGGGACCCAGAGGACGAGCUCCUCCAGGAAUGCUGCAACUGCCUCGACAGAUCGUUCGUGGAUGCAGGGUACCUGAGCUCGCGCAAGGUCCGCACCAUCGGGGCGCUGGAGCUCCGGAUCGUGAGGAAGGGGACUUUUCACAAGAUACUGGACCACUACGUCGGGCUCGGGGCUGCUGCCAGCCAGUUCAAAACGCCGCGGUGCGUGGGGCCCACGAACAACACGGUGCUGCAGAUCCUGUCUGUGAAUGCCAGCAGGAGCUACUUCAGCACUGCGUAUUAGUUUGUUGGGGGGCAGGAUUGUUGUUUUGGUUCGUUUGUGUAGCAUAAAUUUUAUUGUUGUAGGGAAUGUACUAAUAAGAACACUUACAAGUUUAAUUGUAUGAUAUCAACUGUUGUAGUCCUAGCUCGUAGUAACUUGGUUGGUAAGACGCACUCUGUUAUCCCAAUGGAUAAAUUAACCAAAUCCCACAUUGGAAAUUGGAAGUUUAUUAAAGAGGUACUCCAUUUAGUAA